CCCUGCUGCUGUGGCGCCGGUGCCGGCGGCCUGGCUUAGCGGGCGCAGGACAGUGAGCAGGACCGGACCAUGGCUCAGCGCGCAGGGCGCCCGGGCGUGGCGGCGGCGGCGGCGGACGGCGCUCGGCAGCGGCAGCUCCUGCAAGGAAAAGCCCAUGUGGAAGGUGGAUCAGCACGAAUGUCCCUCCUUAUAUUAGUGUCUAUCUUCCUCUCUGCUGCUUCUAUCAUGUUUCUGGUAUAUAAAAAUUUUCCACAACUUAGUGAAGAAGAAAGAGAAUGUAUAAAAGUUCCCAGAGACAUGGAUGAUGCAAAGGCCUUAGGAAAAGUCCUAUCAAAAUACAAGGACACCUUUUAUGUCCAAGUAUUAGUGGCUUAUUUUGCCACAUACGUUUUCUUGCAAACAUUUGCUAUUCCUGGGUCUAUAUUUCUCAGUAUCCUCUCAGGGUUUCUUUAUCCAUUCCCAUUAGCCUUAUUUCUUGUCUGUUUGUGUUCUGGACUUGGAGCCUCUUUCUGUUAUAUGCUUUCCUAUUUAGUGGGACGACCAGUUGUAUAUAGAUAUCUAACAGAAAAAGCUGUGAAAUGGUCCGAGCAGGUUGAACGACAUAGAGAACACCUCAUAAACUAUAUAAUAUUUUUGAGAAUAACGCCUUUCCUUCCUAAUUGGUUUAUCAAUAUAACAUCUCCUGUAAUAAAUGUACCAUUGAAAGUAUUUUUCAUUGGUACUUUUCUAGGUGUUGCACCACCAUCUUUUGUAGCAAUUAAAGCGGGAACAACAUUAUACCAACUUACAACAGCAGGGGAAGCUGUUUCCUGGAACUCUGUGUUUGUUCUCAUGAUUUUAGCUAUUCUCUCAAUUCUGCCAGCUAUCUUCCAGAAGAAACUUAAACAAAAGUUUGAAUAAGAAUCACACUGGAUCUAACUUUCCCAUGCUUCAUCUCAGGAUCAGCACUUCUGAUAUUUGUACGCUCACUUUUCUAUGGGAGACUUGUAAUGGAUAAAAAUAUCCUUACUUCUGUAAAUAAGCACAUUUUGUUGCCUGAAAUUAAAGGAACUAUGUUCAGAAAUAUUCUGUAUAUAGUUUUGUAGUCCAAAUCAUCAGUGUUGUACUCUUUUUGGAGACAAGAAGAGGGAACUGAACACCCAGAAGAUUGAACUUUUUGCUCUGGUUUAUAUAUGGGGUGGAAAGUUUCAGAUGGAAAUGUAACCUACAGAUGCUGGUUUCUAAACUUGCAAAAAAUGUAAAUCUAAGCAGUCAGUCUAAUUUUGUAGCAUUCUCAAUGCUGAUACAGACUUGCAUGUGAUUUGGUCUGGUUGCACUUAUUUUUCAUACCCACCUCUCCUUUUUAUUCUCUUGUCUUUCAUGGUUGCAGAAUAAUGUAAUGUAAAUAGUACUUGCUCAUAAAAUGACUUUUCUAUAAGAAGUACUUGAAACUCAAGUGAUGUAAGCCAGAAGCUGAGAUUUUUUUUUUUCAUUCUGUUUCUUUUUUCUUUGUGUUUAUUUUUCUUUUUAAAUACUUGAACACAUCUGCUUUAUGAACUGAAUUAACACAUGGAGGAAUGUCAAGUAAUUCCCCCUUUAUCUGUAGAUUUUAUGUGGGGGCAGAUCCAAAUUUUAUUAUAGUUUGCUAAUAAAUGCUGAAGUUUUUAAUUCUUGUUUAGACAUAUUUUAAUAUCUAUUUUUGUCAGUAUUCCAAAUGAUAGCCUUAUCCUACUGAUUUAAAAUAAUUGCUACAUGGUUAUACAGUUAUUAAAUUACUAGAAUGAAUAUAAGUGAUUAUUAGCAGGGAUCCUGGUUUUCUCUGAUUUAAAAAAAAUCCCCAAUUUUUGGUUAAAAACUAACCCCAAAUCCACUUUUUUCAGUGAUUUAAAUGAAACACCACUAACAUAUAGAGUGAUGUUUCAUUUUAAUGAUGGAAAAAUACGGAUUUGGGGUUACUUUUUUUAACCAAAAACUCGGGAUUUUUUUAAAUGGGAGAAAACCAGGAUCCCUGAUUAUUAGCUGCUUGCAAUUCUUGUGUGUAUACUGGUGAAAGAUUGAAAAAAUCUCGCUCUUUAGUUGGUAGCAGCUUGCCACUAUGGCAACUCAAUUGGCUAAAAAGUGCAUCAGGUAUGCAAAUUAAUACAGGGUUUUUUCUGUUCAUCUAAAAUAUAUUGCCAUGUAUUGAUUUUAUGUAUCAUGUAAUGAAAAUACUACAUCUUACUGUACUUGAACUUAAAAAAGGAUCCUUUUUUUUCUUAUUGGUGAUGGCCUACUAGCCUGAUUCAUUAUUUUUCACAAAUCAUAUCAUCCCCUAACUGAUACAUAUAUAAACUUCUCAUGAAUGUUACCACUGUCAUUGACCGUUGCAUUGUCAUUGGGCCUCUCAGAAUAUAGGGCCCCUAUUCAGUAAGGUACAUUAGCAUGUGCCUGCAUAGGUAAGUUGUUCCAUUUUAAGUCCAUGCUGCUUAUAUGCUCUGAAGUUGGGCACUGCUCCAGUACAUUGCUGACUUGGAGCUUAUAUGGUUUGCAGUGCUCAAGUUUCUGAGGAAUUACUUGUCUGAAACUGUGUUGUGUUGUCUCCUCACCAGAAAAAGCUUGUCAUGGCAUGGAGCAUUAAUGAUGUAGGAACCCAGUUCCAUAAAUGUGAUAAUGUGAAAGGUACUGGUACCUUCAACAGUUCUAUUCUUUUGCAUCAUAAUGUGGAUUGACUCAUUUGUCAUUUUAUCACAGUAUUAUGUAAAUGCAUAGGAAAUAUAUUAAUUAAUACACUAA